AUGUUGGCUCCCGACUUCUUCCAGCGGCUCCCAAGCCCGACCGCCUCCCUCAUCCUCGCCGCACUCCUCACACUCACAAACGCCCACGCCCUCCCCCGCCAAACGAAAACCGUCCAACACCGCACUCUAAACGUCGAGCUCUGGCCGCCCGCACCCACUGAAGCGCCGCUCCCCCUCGCCCGCGCCCAAAUCGACGCCCUCCUCCUCCGCCGACAAGACUUCAACACCGUUUGCGGCUUCCUAGAAGGCAAUGCCGACAUCCCUGUAACCUGCGGCGCCGGCUCGCACUGCGUCGUCGACCGCGACCACAAUGCUAUCGGUUGCUGUCCUGACGGUGAACCGGCCUGUACCACCGGCGUCUUCACGGGCUGCGUAGAUUUCAACAGUGGGCCUCAGACCGAGGUGAACCCCUACGUUUACACAUGCGCCGGAUCCGACGUGUGUUACCGGAAUGUUUUUGCGGGCGGGUUUUCUCAGUACGGUUGUGGAACGGCGUCCAACCUAGCCGCGAGCGUGGCGACCGCUGUUUCGGGGCUCUCGUCAGAUCUUAGGUUUUCGCAGGUGACGGACCAGUUUACGGCAGAGGUUACGACCGUUUCCGAGCCUAUUACUAUUAAUCCUAGCACGGGGACUCGCUCCCUCACUGCAUCUUCUUCCUCGACGACGGAAUCCACCACAACGAGCAGUUCUACGACGACUUCGACGUCCAGCGAAACGGCUUCUUCGACAGCCGCGGCCGGCGAGGCAGGGGAAGCCCCCGAAGGCAACGGAUCCAAGAACCAGACGGGCGCUAUUAUCGGAGGCACCAUUAGCGGCGUGGCCGUUCUCGUCGCGCUCGUGGCUUUGGGAUUCUAUCUCUGGAAGCGGAAGCAGCGCAAUACUCGUGAGGGUCCGCCUACCCUGGACACCAAGUACAUAAGCCCCAUGUCAAACGGCGCCGGCUUCACCCCCGUCGCGCCGAGUCAAGAAUACGCCGAAACAGGCUUCUACCCCAUGCACGCCGCGGCGGCCGCUCCGAAACCCGCCCACGUACCGGCGGUCUACGGUGUAGGCAGCUCGACAGAACGACCGGACCAAGUGCCUCUGACGAGGGAAUUCGACGACUUCCACCGCGGAUUCAGCGAGGCGCUGGAGAACAUCAGGGAAGAGGACGAGACAGCCAUGACGGGUUCUCCUGGAGGACAGGCCGGAGCUGCGGGACAGGGCGCGGGUCGUGGGCAGGGGCAAGGGUAUAGUAGCGUGAGUACGGAGACGGAGACGCCGUUGUGGCAGCAGAAUCGGCGGCAGAGUAGGAAUAUGAUGUGGAUGUAA